AUGGGUCGAGGCGAAUUUGGUCGUGGCAGCCGAAGUUUUGGUUCAGGAAAUGGAAGAAGAUUUGGCUCAUCACGAGGAGGGCGUGGUGGUGGAGGUUCAAAUGCAAAUUUUUCACAGGCGUUUCAAGGACCACCUAAUACAGUAACGCCAAUGGGCGAAUUCGUGCACGAAUGUGAAGGAGAAGCGGUCUGUCGUUCGAUAAAUCCGAAGAUCCCAUACUUUAACGCGCCAAUCUACCUUGAGAAUAAGACCCAAAUAGGAAAAGUGGAUGAAAUACUUGGUCCGAUAAAUGAAGUUUAUUUCACGAUCAAACUACAAGAAGGGAUAAUUGCGUCGUCGUUUAAGCCGGCAGACAAAUUUUAUAUUGCCGAUGAUAAGUUGUUACCGCUGGACCGGUUCUUGCCCAAGCCGCCUGUUGUGCGGGAUAAAGCAUCUAAAAAGCAAGGAGAUCGAGGAGGUCGUGGAAGUGGUGGUUUCCGAGGAGGAGGAGGAGGGAGUCGGGGUAAUUUUAGACGUGGCGGUGGGGGUGGAUUUAGAGGUCGGGGAGCCGGUGGAUUUCGUGGUAGGAGAUAG